UUCCCGCGCGAGACUGGCGGAAGGAGUUCGCUCGGCUACCGGAGGGUGAAGGGGCGUAACGCGGCCGUGGCCUGCGGCCGGCGGAGCUGCUAGCCUGCAGAGCGGUGGGCGCUUCCCGAAGCUUCGGGAAGUCGGCCUGGACCCCUGCGGGCCCGGAAAGGCCGUUCCUCGCCUUGGCUACGGUCCUCCUUCUCCUGCCCAUACCUAGACGAGCGCCGGCACCAUGUCGGCCUACCCCAAAAGCUACAACCCAUUCGACGACGAUGCGGAGGAUGAGGGUCCCCGGCCGACGCUGUGGAAGGACGACCGCGACCUCCCUGAUGGACCCGGCGCGCCCGUGGACAGGCAGCAGUACCUGCGGCAGGAGGUGAUGCGCAGGGCCCAGGCCGCGGUCGCCAGCACGGACAGGUCCCUGUCCCUCGUAUACGAGUCUGAGAGGGUCGGCGUCGCCUCUGCCGAGGAGCUCGAUCGUCAGCGAGGCGUCUUAGAACGUACAGAGAAGAUGGUGGACAAGAUGGAUCAAGAUUUGAAGACCAGCCAGAAGCACAUCAACAGCAUUAAGAGCAUGUUUGGGGGCUUCGUCAACUACUUCAGAUCCAAACCCGCAGAGACGCCACCUGAACAGAACGGCACCCUCACGUCCCAGGCCAAUAGCAGAUUGAAAGAAGCCAUAAGUACCAGCAAAGCACAGGAGGCACAGUACCAGGCCAGCCACCCGAACCUCAGGAAGCUGAAUGACUCAGACCCCAUCGCUGGAGGGGCCGGUCCUGCUGUGAGUACCGAGGCUUACCCCAAGAACCCACACCUUCGAGCCUGUCACCAGAAGAUCGACAGUAAUCUAGAUGAACUAUCCAUGGGACUAGGCCGGCUGAAGGACAUAGCCCUGGGGAUGCAGAUGGAAAUCGAGGAGCAAGAUGACAUUCUUGACCGCCUCACAACCAAAGUGGACAAGUUAGAUGUCAAUAUAAAGAGCACAGAAAGAAAAGUUAGGCAACUUUAAACACAGAGAAGGCUCUCCACGCCAUUGUGAUGAAAAGAGCCCAAAGAUCAUCUAAACUCCCCAAAAUUUCAUUUAUAUUGUUUUAGUGUUGUAACGUAAUAUGUGUUUGCAAAUGUUAUAAUUAUAGAGUGGGUCCUAGGAGAUGUCGUUAUGAGAAGUGUGUGUCCCACUUUUUUUAGAGCCAUCACCUCUCCAUUCUCUGAACUGAAUGCUUAGGGUUUUAGUGUGAGUGCAGUAGCCUGGCCCUGGAUAUCUUGGGCCUUUGAUGAGCAGGCCGGCAUGAGAGGAACAGUUGCGCUUCUCACUUUCAUAAGCAUAUGGAAAGAUGUGGGCAGAAUUUCAGUCCUGGAACCACCAAUCUCUGUGUUUGUGGGGGGUGGUCCUUCCCACACCUUGGCUUACCAGUCACCACCACCCCCACACAUACACACUGAGCACAUGUGCAAUUCUCUCAAACUUUAGAAAAGGAUCAGUGUUAGGUUCACCCUGUGAUUCUCUCAACACCCUGGAAAGGGAUCAGGGUUGAGCAACAGAAAGUGUCAGCAUUUGCUCUUUGGUUGACAGAUGUCACCUCUUCCCUCCCGACCCCCAUCCUUGGCAUGCGUUUUAGUAAGAGGGGUUCAGAUCAGCACCGCUCACCGUGAUGCCUGGAAAUGUGCAGUGAAUUGGGUGAGCCCUGCUUCCUCAUGCAUUCACACCUCUAGGUCGCAGUCCAAGGUUAGGGAUAGAUGUGCCACUGUCUCAAGGCUGCCCAGCGGGCUGAUUUGUGGGGGGGGCCCUCUACAGUUUGUGGGAAUGAAGCAUCAUACAGAUAGUGCCUCCAGUCUGUGUUGCUCCCCUUUGGGGAGCACCUUGACCCAGCCUCAGGGAUGGCAGUGUUUGUUCAAUGCCUGGGGUCUCCAGACCUGUCUAGGAUUCCCACCCAUUCUUCUUGACUGGGUGACUCCACUCAUCUCUUUGUUCCCUGCCACCCCAGUUGGAGGACUGGAAUGCCACAAAUGAUGCUGACUUGUCUACAACAACUUGCCCUAAAAAAAAAACCCAGACAUUAUCAUUUUAACUGGCCCAGCUUGUUCUACACAAAGACGUUAAUCUCAUUACAGAAAUCAAUUUUAAUGAAUGCUUUUCAGUGAUUCUUUCUUUGUAAAGUGACAUUCAUUAAAAUUGAUUUCUGUAAUGAGAUUAAUGUCUUUGUGUUGGUACCGCCAGCAGAAUCAUUGAAGCCACAAGACCCUUGUCUUUUUAAAAAGCAAAUUACAAUAUUUUGAAGACGGUUGAAAGGGGCUGAUUUUAAUAAGAUAGGUUAGGUCAGAAAAUUAAAACAACAGUGUGUUUCACCGUUACACAUGGUGCUGUCUAUGUGACCUCCACCACUUUGGUUCUGUAGCCUAUAAACAAAGUCCCUUAAAGGAAAGGAAGUCGCCGAAGUGCUACAACAAUGCAUCAGUAUUUAUGUAGCGAUUCAUUCGUAGAAGUUCUGUUCCAUGAUGCAUGAGAUUCCUCAAAAUACUGACAGCUUCCAUCAGCAAGUACAACUUUCUGUCAUGUUCCAGCCUCAUGGAUGUCAUUAUGAAUACCCCAGUAUGUGAGAACACAAUUAGAGGUAGUCAGAUUAGGCAUUCGUUUAUCAGAUGAGCUCAUCAUGACUAUUCUCUUGAUUAACUGGUAAAAGGAAAAAUUUUAAACCUAUGCCUAGCCCAAACAAAAUGAGUUCGGAGGGCUCUCGGCAUGAAGCCAGAAUGCAGAGCAGCCUGUGUGUACAUUUCCACUCCACUAACUGUUUUUAAUUUUUUCUAACACCUUCCAUGUAUGUCUUGAUAGCUGUUUCUGUUUGUCAUCAUCAGGCAGGGGCUCAUAGAGAUUUUUUCAAACAAAUUAUACAUGUAAAGGCCACUGCCAGACAUUCUCUUCCACAGCCUCCCAUUUGCAUCACGAGAUUAGUGAUUUCGCUGACUUGAAGCAAAGUAGCACGGGAUAUCAUACGCCUUCCCUAUCUUUUGUUAGAUCAUUGAAGCCAGUUGCCCCUCCUUUUUCUUUCUCCCCCCAAGCAUAUAGAAGGGAAGCACAGCGUCUUCUAGAAAUGUGUCUUCUGACACUUGACACAUGUGUUUUAUUCACUCUUGUUUAGACCCUCUUGCACAAAGGCCCUGACCGAGGAACUGUCUCCAAGCUACAUGCUGGCCAGGAGCUUCUUCUGCUGGGUCUUCCCUCCCGCCCCCAUGCCCAUGAAGGACCAGUUGUUGAUUCUACUUUAUAAAGCAAAGCUCUUUGCGUUUUCAGAGAGCAAAAGGAAAACUGGAGCCUCCAGAAUCUUUGCACAUGAUGAUUAUGAUCAAACGAAAACAUUCUGUCCUCUAGACUAGACACACCUAUCUCAUGGAGACACUCAGAGGUACCCAGGCUGGAGUUGGCUGUGGGUGGGCUUUGAUACCACGGACAAGACUAGUGAACUCGCCCUUCUUGCCAGAUGGGGUCUAUAAGACAGGUUUUUAUUUCCACAGUCGAGCUGGAAACAAACUGUGCCUUCAAAAAACUAGCUUUUCUAACUUUAGGUUGGUUCUAUGUGAAGUGUGCUACUAACUUAAAAAUAAAUGCAUUCUCCUUCAGAGGAAACUGUAAGUGCAUUUUAAUUUCUCUUUUUCUAAUUUCUGUUUGUGAAUAUGUCAUUUUAAGGGUACACUACACCGAUUUAGUCAAAAACAAAAACAAAAGCUCUUACACUUUGCCUCUGUAGGCCUUUUCUCAGAAUUUGUAAGUUACCACUGUUGUUGGCAUCUUCAAGGUUGAUAAUGAAAUGUCUUGUGUACAGAAUGAUGAGCCAGUCAUUAAAAGUGCUCAGGGGGUGGAGGGGAGGCGUUUUGUUCAGAGUCUGUACCAGAACAGCUCUUAAGCUCCAUGCCUUCAACUCAACAAGUGACCAUAUUCUGUAAAAUAAAAUGUGAAGUUUUUUUAAUCAGA